UGAAUUGAAUAGAAAUAGAAGCAAACGGGAGCUAGGAAAAGUAUUCAGGGUUCCCCUCCCUCUCGUUUGAUCUCGGACUGUUAUUUAUGACGGACUUGUUUUUGUCAACGGUCCAACACGCUGACUGUCGAAACAAAGAGUUUAGACGUUGAUCUUGGGCCAGUUUCGCAUUUCCCCACCUAAUGGUUAAUGUUAGGAUUGGGGAAGGGGAAGCUGUUGAUCCUAUACUAGCCAUGUAGCCUACUGAGCGAUGCAAAGAGCUUUUAAACAGUUUCACCAGGCAGUAAGUAAGUCGGACGCAAAACGGCAGAAAAUAGCCGUACGGAUGCGGUGCGUCAUUGUUGCUACUUGGGUCACAGUUGUUGCGCGUCAUAUUCCCCACACACAGAGCAGUGCUAUUGGUUACAUCUUCACUUGGAAAUUCCAUCCUUUGUCCAUUUGGUACAUGGUGGAAUUCGGGAUCAGAGGCCCUGCCACCUCGGGUGCCUGAGGCUUGGCUCUUUGUCCAUCUAUGGCCUAUUGAUGACCAUGCUCUUUUAAGAGGUAUGAAACAAGAAGGCAUCAAGAACUAAGGGCACCACCUGAAGCCGUACAGUUUAGUAUAGGCCUAUCACUUUUUAGUCCAGCCCUCAGAGGCAGGUGCAGCUUGCUUUUUUUUUUCUGCCAAGCAUUCAUCUCAUCAAACAAUGGAGGAAGAUUGGAGCUGGAAAGAGGAGGCCCAGAAGAAGGUGUCAAGGUUCCUAGUGAAGCUGAGGCUGAAGAGUCUUUCUCAGAGCUCUGAUAACAGGUCCAGUCCUGAGUCAGAGCGAGCUAACGCUGAAGUCCGCCAGGGGGCAGUCAUGCAGUCUUCGGCAGAGGGCGAAGCUCUCCGCAGCUCGCAAGGAAUUAUCCAUAAUAACUCACCGCAGCACUCCCCUCCCACUGGCACUAAUACGAGUUGCAGAGGGGCAGAGGGAUCUACGUCCCCAGAUGACAUUGACAGCGGCAGGAAGAAGAUCAAGUUCCCACUCCUCUUCACCAAGACAGCCGUGGCUGGGACCACCACCAACCCCCUUCUCACUGAGAAUGAACGGCCCAGCGUGAAGCUUUCUGCCAAGGAAGAAAAUGCCCUUAAGACUGUGAGGGUGGCCGGUAUCCCAGAGGAGAUUGGUGUUGGAGCUAAGGUCAUGCAGAAGACCUUACCGGCCAUACCCAAGUUCAGCUGGUCACGGCCCAGUCCAAGUGAAGAAGAUGACAAAGUCCAGGGCAAAGUCAAAGACGUCCGCAAGACCAAACUAGGUAAACAGAAAGAAGAUAACAUCCCGCCAAUAGCCAAAGAACCCCGGGAAAAAGGGUCCUUCCAUGGAGCAGAGCAAGGCAGAGGCAGGGACUAUAGCAGGAGGAGGGCGCCCCUCUCCUACGACAUCCAGCACAGACUCAACCAAGCCAUGACAGAUUCAGACAGACUCAAAGCUAGAGAGGUCAUCAAGAGAAGCGGAACCAUCCGCGGUGAGAAUCUCCAGCAAAGGCCCAACCGACAGAAGCCAGAGCUGGAGCGAUUCAAACCCAGGGAUAUCACCAAGAGGAGGGGCAUCAUUCCAUGUGAUGAGCUGCAGCAAAGGCCCAAUCAGCCAAUGCCAAAGCCAGAUAAAGCUGCCCUGGUUAAACUCCCGGCGAUUCCACGGUGGAGGGGCUCCAUCUCAAAUGAGGACUACCGGAAGCUGAACCAGAAGAUGCCAGACAGCACCAUCAACACAGAGGACCUGGAGGAGAUCAGAGGCAUUACUCAUAUUGAAGACCUGGCAACUAUGGUGCCUGACGAUGCCCAGUCUGAUGCCUUCAAAGAAGUCUUUGAGCAGUUUGCAAAGAACAGCGAAGGCUCUAUCAAUGAGGAGGGCCUGGCGUCCACGCUGGACAGAGUGGGGAUCAGUAUCAGCCCAGAGGAGGUGAAGAAAGCCCUGCAGAAGGCUGACCACGACAAGGACGGAGAGGUGGGGUUUCAAGAUUUCCUGCAUGUGAUGGCGGACAGCCAGCGCUUCUCCAAGUGUGUGAAAGCUGAAGGAGCAGACCCAUCCCAGUCUGUUGAGGUGUGUGAGACAGUGUUUUACAAGACCCUGACCAAGAUGCUGGCUGCUGGUAUCCUGUCCAGUGGUACUACAACAGCGAUAGUACAGUACUACCAUUUAAAGACUCCGAGGCUGAUCCGGCGGGCCGUGCGACCAGGCAGGGAGGACGGGGACCGUGUUCUCAACUACUACACCAAGGGAGCUCAUCUCAAAGGCCCAAAGAGCAAGCAGCUCCUCAAGUACAUCCAGCCAGUGGAGACAAUUGCCCAGAGCCAGAAGGAGAAGGACAGUCCGUACUUGAGGCGUCCCAGACUGAACGUGGCCUACACCUCCUGGGACCCCCGGCGCAUGUCCCUGAACCCUGCACAGAGGGCCAAAAUGGGCCGCAUGAAGUCUGUCAAGACCUGGAAGACCGCUGAGAUCGAGGAUCGCGUCAGACAACUGUCAAUCAAGCACCCUGGGAUGGAGAAAAUGGAGAUGAUCACGCCUGUGAAGAUGAAGGUGAACAUGUCCAUGAAGGAGAGGGACCACCUCACUUACAAUGAGAUCAACCGGAUAAAACAGAAGUCUAAAUCAAGUCUGAAGGAGUACCUGAAGGACCUGACUCAGCUGAAGCGCAGCGACAUGUGGAACUCCUGGGGCUCCCUUCAGUGUUACUGUGUCCUCCACAGCCGGAAGGACUUCCCCAAAACCUUCACCACCUACUCCUGGUCCUGGAGCGGCUGUCGCAACAUGAUGGAGACUGGAGACCUGGACGCUCCCUGUAGUCCCACCCUACGAACCCCAUAUAGCCAACCACUGGAGCCCAUCGCCAGGAAGCGGCGUGCCUCGUCCAAUCAGGGAGGCUAAAAAGAGAAGACCCCGGCAGCAACCCCCACUGACAGGAAGAGCAGUACACUGUAGAAAAGAGGAAUAACACCAAUAGCAAUCACAACAAUACUGAUACGAUCAAUUACUUUAACCACAAAGAUCCCACUUCCUCUGACCACAGUCUCCACUCCCCAACCCCUCCUGAUCCCAGUCCCAGACUUCGACUAGAGCGGCUGUAGUUAAGAGUGCAACAACCCCCCAUGCUAUGUGUACAAACAGGACCGGCCCCCUAGCUGAUCUGUUGCCCUGGGCCUAACAUACAUUAGCCCGCCCAUGAGAGGGGGAGGAAUGGAGGAGAGUACAUGCAGUGUCUCCCUGCUCAGCAGAAAUAAACCCAUCAUCUCUGAAAAAAUAGCAGAAUGA